AUGAAAACUGUCCUUCACUCAAUCAUUUCUCAAAACCAGUGUGCUUUCCUCUCUGAUCGUCUUAUUUUUGACAACAUCUUCAUUGCCAAUGAGAUUAUCAAUGCUAUACACUAUAGGAAAGCUGGCAAACAGGGCUGGGCUACUAUCAAACUUGACAUGGAGAAAGCCUUUGACAAAGUUGAAUGGAGUUUUGUCAAAGCUAUGCUCCACCAUAGGUACAAGACAAACCUUCUGUCAUCUUACCUUUUUCUUCUGGUUGUUGAGGGUCUUUCUGCUACUAUUAGGGCUAAGGAGAAAAUUCAUCAAUUUACUGCCCUUAACAUUUGUAAAGAUGCCCCUAUUAUCUCUCACCUUUUCUUUGUCGAUGACAGUAUACUCUUCACUCCUGUCACCACUGCUUCUAGUGCUGCCAUUAAGGAUAUGUUGUUCUCUUACCACAAAGGCACUGGCCAAACUAUCAACCUUGCUAAAUCUUCAAUCAUGUUCUCCCCUAACACCCCUCAUGAUUCCCAAGACCUCUUUAGAACUUCCCUUGGUCUAGGCAAUGAAGGUUUCAUAAGCAAAUAUCUCGGAGUUCCUCAUUGCACUAGCAGAAGUUCCAACUCUCACUUCAAUUAUUUGGUUCAAAAAGUGGCCUCAAAAUUAAACAUUUGGGAUGGAAACUUUUUCUCUAGAGCUGGCAAAAAAACUCUCAUCAAAGCUAUGGUUCACGCUAUACCAUCUUAUGCUAUGUCCUGUUUCAAACUGCCCAAUUCUACCUACCUCACUAUUCAAAAAGCCAUCUCUAAAUUCUAG